GCGACUGUGUGCAACAGUUCGGUGCAAAGCGGGCUCGAGAGAGGCGAGCGAUCAAGGGGGGUCGCGCUCUUUUUCCCCCGGGCUUUUAAUUCAGGUCAAGAGUAUCAUCGCCUUUUUAGAACCUGGCACGCGCGUGCCCAUCGAGGACUGCCUUUUAUGGUUCGGUAUUUCAAAGCGAGUCGCCGACGACUUAAUCGCGAUCCCCGCCUUCUUUCAGAGAUUUACCGAUUAUUCUGCGUUUCAAUUCUCGCGAGUCGGGUGCCUCGCCUAUGCAAAACGUGAUUAGGAAUAGAUCAGUCUAUGUAAAGUAAAUUUCUAGUAUUUUCGUGUGUAGUGAUUGCUUUGAAUAGUAAAUCUUAUCUCUUACAAAAAGUGCAAGAUGUAUGGCUACAGCUAUCAGGAAUUGGCUAAUAGAAUGAUGUCAUCUAUGGAGGAAUUUCAGGAGGCAUUUCAAUUGUUUGACAGCCGUGGGGAUGGAAAGAUCCAUGUCUCCCAGAUUGGCGACGCAUUACGCGCUCUCGGUCAAAAUCCAACUGAAUCGGACGUGAAGAAGUUCACCCAUCAACAUAAACCAGAUGAGCGUAUCAGUUUUGAAGUAUUUUUGCCGAUUUACCAGGCGAUCAGUAAGUCUCGUACAUCUGACACAGCAGAUGACUUUAUCGAAGGCCUGCGUCAUUUUGAUAAGGAUGGCAAUGGCUUUAUAUCUUCUGCAGAGUUGAGACAUCUUCUGACAACGCUUGGUGAAAAACUCAGCGAUGAAGAAGUAGAAACAUUAUUGGCAGGUCAUGAAGAUUCACAGGGUAAUAUUAAUUAUGAAGACUUUGUUCGCCAGGUGAUGUGCGGCUAAGUAGCUACUUAAUUACAUGUAAGAGAGUAUUAUUAUCAUUAUUCUCGUUUACUUUGCCAUUGAAUCUGUUGAAGCAUUUUUUACUUUUGAAAUAUCAUAUCAUAGUAUGUGUACCUAUACGAUGGAUGAUUUAUCUCGAUGGAAUCGUAACGUAAACACUAUUUUAUUAUGUAUACUGUGAGAGAGAAGGAGGUUAACCCUUUUUAUAUAAGAGUCUAAAUUAGUUAAACAAUGGUAGAUAAAGAACAAUCUAGCGCAUUGUGCCUUGACGUAUAUCCGAUUUACGAGCAUUUAGUGAUAUUGAUAGUACGACAACCAGCCUGUUGUACAAUCUUUAGCGAGAUAUCUGAAUUCCUCGGACAUUCCAAAUUUUUGUAAGAUAUAUUUGAAAGAAUUUGAAGAUAUCUGGUCUUCGCAAAGAGUGAAGGCCUAGCAUUUUGAUUUACGCCGAUACACGGGCCUAUGUACUUUAUCCAUUUCCUCUAUCGAGUUCAAUAUAUCCUCUAUGUGGCUAGAAUGUACGUUCGAGAGAAUCUUCCAUAUUUCCUAGUUAUAUAUAUCCUAGAAAAAGACCGCGGAGAGUAUUUACUUUAUUUAUUUAUGCAUGAGCGCGCGUAUUUGUGUCUCCGAAAAGAUGCGCAAGAAAAGAUAUUGUACAUUGCAAUGAAUAAAAAGUUGCUCUAAUAUUCUGAAACUA